AUGGGAGUGGUGGUGCUGAGGUUAGAGAAGGGGAGCUUCACGAGUCAGAACACGGUGCUUUGCUUCAAUGCUUUUUACGACCCUUCAGACGCAGGCGACUGCUUGCUGCUUCCUCCGUCAAGCGAUGCAAGUCUGUCCAUUGUUCAGCAGGACACCUCCAGAGGCUCAGAGAUCAGCAACAGUUUGCCAAACUUCAACGCUGGUGUUGUGUAUGAACCUGAUACUGUAGUAAGUUUUGAAACGGCAACCUGUACAAUUCGCACCUGCAAUAAGACUGCAGUUCUUGUAACAACCACCUGUAGACCCAUGGAGACCUGUGACGGCAAUGGAGUGUCCAUGUUGAAGCCUAUUUGCACUGUGACAGGUUCCUCUGUCAUUGAUUUUAAAGGCCAUGUGGACUUCAUAAAGGAUCAGUGUGAGUACUCCUUGUUGAAGUUGCCAUCAAUCCUAGGGUUCCAGGUACUCGGUAAUUUCCUGGAGCGGCGUCGUAAAGAUGUGAGCUUUCUGGACAGUGUGAUGUUGAUAGUGGACGGCAGUCGCAUACACCUGAAACAGGGCAGCAGAGUUCUGCUGAACAACUCACCACUGAACCUGGACAGCUCCCCUCAAGUGGUUCAUGGUGUGGAGAUCUCUAAGGACCAAACUGGAGUCACUGCCAAGGCAGUGUUCUUCAACUUCCUCAACGUUUCUAUCUUUUUUGAUAGCUACACCACACAGAUCCACCUUGAAGGAUCUACUGGAUCACCUCCAACAGGUCUGUGUGAAGAUUCCAGCAGUGAAGCGAGGCUCCCUGGCUGCAGUUCCAUAAGCUGUGAGACGCAGUAUAAUGACACUGAUGACAGAUCAAUAAACUGCACCAAGACAACUGAGUGCUGUAACCUCCUGAAGGAGGUGCCCUUCACCUCCUGUGACAUCGACCCAGAGCCCUACAUCACCGCCUGCACAGACACUUUGUCAAGGUAUCCUGCAGUGGACGGUCUCAAGUGUCAGUUCCUGGAGGCCUACGCCAGAGCCUGCAGCCUGAAAUCCAACACCACUCUGGAGGGCUGGAGGUCCAAGACUGAGUGUUCUCCUAAGGCCUUCUGUCAAGACAGGACCUGCAGCGAUCAUGAGUUUUGUGGAGAGGUUUCUCAGUAUGGAGAUACUCGUUGCUUCUGUCGGGCCAACUUUGCUUGCAGAUACAGAAACACUUUGGGUGAUCCAGCCAUCUGCAGUCACAACACGGCUUCUGCCUCUUUGGCCAUUUGUCUCCUGGAGAACGAAGGCAUUGACUACUCUCUUUUACACCUCAAUGACCCAACCUGCAGAGGUCAGGUAGAUGAGCAGAACCACACAGUGACCUUCAGUUUCAGUGCCAGCGACCUCUGUGGGACAAAGAUCACGACCAACAACAACCAGGUCAUCUACCAGAACACAAUCAUGACCCAGAACUUCUCCUCUGAUGACAUCAUUCGCCAUGACCAGGUCAUGAUCGACUUCUCCUGCUACCAUGCUAAGUCGGAGAUCAGGGACAUGUCCUUCAGAAUUAAAGACAACUCUGUUUAUCAAGUCAUCUCAUCUGGACCUUGGAAUUACAAUGUGUCCAUGAGGGCCUACAUUAAUGAAGGCUGCACACAAGCUGUGGAGUCAACCACUAAAGUGAGGCUGAACGAGAAGGUCUGGAUGAAGCUGGACACCAAGGGGCUGGAUGAAAACCUGGUCGCUCUUGUGACUGACUCCUGCUGGGCAACUGACCAACCUUCUGCCUCAGCAAGUCUGAAGUACUACCUGAUCAUAGACGGCUGUCCGAACCCUACAGACCCAACAGUGAGGGUGGAGAGGAACGGAGUUGGAACCUCCAGUGGCUUCUCCUUCAACAUGUUUGAGUUCACUGGAGGCUCUGAUGAAAUCUACCUGCACUGCAAACUGCACCUGUGUGUCAAACAGGGGAACAGCUGCAUUCCGGUUGUUUCCAUGGUGACCGGACUGAUUGACAGGCUGCUGACCUCCAUGAUGAUCCCUGACUGUUGA